ACGCCGCUGCGGCGGCCGCGAGCCCCGGGGGAGGCGGAGCCGCCGCCACUCUCCGCCGCAACCCAGGUCGGGAUUUGAAAGAUUAAAAACUCGGGCUGGGGAAAAAAAAAGGGCGGCGGCGUUGAAUGUGUGGCGGAAGCGCCGGGGGCCACGGCUCGGCUCUGGGCCGGGCAGCCGGCGGCGGCAUCUGCAGACCAUGAAUUACCCGGGCCUGGGCUCUCCGCGGAGCCCGGAGCGUAACGGCCGCGGCGCGGCCGCCUGGGAGCUCGAUUCCGAGGCGGAGCCGGGUUACGGCGGCACCGGCGUCUGCUCCUUCGAGCACUUGCCCGACGACGAGCCGGACGACGAGCAGCUCCUGACGCUGGCUCUGCUGCGCGGGGAGCCCGGGCUGCACUUGGCGCCGGGCGCCGAGGACCACCACCACCUGACCCUGGACCCGUGUCUUAGCGACGAGAACUAUGACUUCAGCUCGGCCGAGUCGGGCUCGUCAUUGCGCUACUACAGCGAGGGCGAGAGCGGCGGCGGCGGCGGUGGCAGCAGCUCCUCGUCGCUGCUGCAGCAGCCGCAGCCGCCGCUGGACCCGUCGAACUCGGGGGGCGGCGGGGGCGCGGGCGGGGGCUCGGGCGAGAGGAAGCGCACGCGGCCGGCCGGCGCGCCCGCCCGGCACCGCUACGAGGUAGUGACGGAGCUGGGCCCGGAGGAGGUGCGCUGGUUCUACAAGGAGGACAAGAAGACCUGGAAGCCGUUCAUCGGCUACGACUCCCUCCGCAUCGAGCUCGCCUUCCGCAGCCUGCCGCAGGCCCCGGGCGGCCAGCCCCGGGGGGCCGAGGACGCCGCCGACCGCGAGCAUGGCAGCGAAGCGGUGCCCCCCGCCGAGGUCGCGGCCGAGGACCGUGUCCGCGGCGGGUACCGGAGCGCGGCGGGGCCCGCAGCCGAGACGGAGCUGCCGGGGAGCGUGGAGCGGGUGUGCGUGCGCGGCGGACUCUACGAGGUGGAUGUGAUCCAAGAGGAGUGCUACCCGGUGUACUGGAACCAGUCUGAUAAAAUACCAGUCAUGCGGGGGCAGUGGUUUAUUGAUGGUACUUGGCAGCCUCUCGAAGAAGAAGAGAGCAAUUUAAUUGAGCAAGAACAUCUCAACUGUUUUAGAGGUCAUCAGACACAGGAAAAUUUUGAUAUCGAAGUGCCAAAAUCCAUAGAUGGAAAAGAUGGCAGUGGGAUCAACUAUUCUGUUGUCCACCACCUCCCUCCCUUCUCCCUCCCUUCUCUGUUCAAAUGGAGAGGAUAUAAGGAGAGUACAGAUGCGGCAGGUCUUAAACGAAAGCGUUCCCAAGCUAUUCAUAGUUUCAAGUUGAGUCGAAACCAUGUGGACUGGCAUAGUGUGGAUGAAGUCUAUCUUUAUAGUGAUGCAACAACAUCGAAAAUUGCAAGAACCGUUACUCAGAAACUGGGAUUUUCUAAAGCAUCAAGCAGUGGGACCAGACUUCAUAGAGGUUAUGUAGAAGAAGCCUCACUAGAAGACAAGCCAUCCCAGACAACACAUAUUGUAUUUGUUGUUCAUGGCAUUGGGCAGAAAAUGGACCAAGGAAGAAUUAUCAAAAAUACAGCCAUGAUGAGAGAGGCUGCCAGAAAAAUAGAAGAAAGGCACUUUUCCAACCAUGCAACACAUGUUGAAUUUCUGCCUGUUGAGUGGCGGUCUAAACUUACUCUUGAUGGAGACACUGUUGAUUCCAUUACUCCUGACAAGGUGCGAGGUUUAAGGGAUAUGUUAAACAGCAGUGCAAUGGACAUCAUGUAUUAUACCAGCCCACUUUAUAGGGAUGAGCUAGUUAAAGGCCUUCAGCAAGAGCUGAAUCGAUUAUAUUCCCUUUUCUGUUCUCGGAAUCCAGACUUUGAAGAAAAAGGGGGUAAAGUGUCAAUAGUGUCACAUUCCUUGGGAUGUGUAAUUACUUAUGACAUAAUGACUGGCUGGAAUCCAGUUCGACUCUAUGAACAGUUGCUGCAGAAGGAAGAAGAGUUGCCUGAUGAAAGAUGGAUGAGCUAUGAAGAACGUCAUCUUCUUGAUGAACUCUAUAUAACUAAAAGACGGCUAAGGGAAAUAGAAGAACGACUACAUGGAUUGAAGGCAUCAUCAUCUAUAAUGCAAACCCCUGCCUUAAAAUUUAAGGUUGAGAAUUUCUUCUGCAUGGGAUCCCCUCUAGCAGUGUUUUUGGCAUUGCGAGGCAUCCGACCAGGACACUCUGGAAGUCAAGAUCAUAUUUUGCCCAGAGAGAUUUGUAACCGGUUACUAAAUAUUUUUCAUCCUACAGAUCCAGUGGCUUAUAGAUUAGAACCGUUAAUUCUGAAACACUACAGCAACAUCUCGCCUGUCCAAAUCCACUGGUAUAAUACUUCAAAUCCUCUACCUUAUGAAAGUAUGAAGCCAAGCUUUCUCCAUCCAGCUAAAGAAACUACCUCAAUUUCAGAGAACGAAGGCAUUUCAACAGUACCAAGCCCCGUAACCUCACCAGUCUUAUCCCGCCGACACUAUGGGGAAUCUAUAACAAAUAUAGGCAAAGCAAGCAUACUAGGGGCUGCUAGCAUUGGGAAAGGACUCGGAGGAAUGCUGUUUUCAAGAUUUGGACGUGCAAGUAUAGCCCAGCCAUCUGAGACAGCAAAAGAGUCAACAGACGAGGAGAAGAAGCCAGUUUGCUCACCUCCCACUACAACUGUGGCGACACAGACUCUUCCACACAGCAGUUCUGGCUUUCUUGAUUCUGCAUAUUUCAGACUUCAGGAAUCGUUAUUUAAUCUCCCACAACUUCUUUUUCCGGAAAGUGUAAUGCAGAAUAAAGAUAAUGCCCUCGUGGAACUGGAUCACAGAAUUGAUUUUGAACUCAGAGAAGGCCUUGUGGAGAGCCGCUAUUGGUCAGCUGUCACAUCGCAUACUGCCUACUGGUCGUCCUUGGAUGUUGCACUCUUUCUUUUAACUUUCAUGUAUAAACAUGAGCAGGAUAAUGAUGCAAAACCCAAUUUAGAUCCAAUCUGAACUCUUGAAGGACAUUAGUUUCCCAAAACUGAUGUUUUUUUUCUCUUAAAGUAUGUGUUUGAGAUAUGGAGAUUUCAGGUUUAUGUAUGUUUCAGUUUUGCUUAGGGCAAGAAAAUAUUUGAAUUUGAAAGCACUUUAUUUAAAACAAAACAAGUUUCCAGUCCAAAAGGAGUUAUUUACCGUUUCUACCAUUUUGGUUGUGAGUCCAGUAAAUCCCCUGCAGAGAGCCGCACAAGGACCUGGAAGUGAGGAAGCUUUGGGAAAACUUAAGGGUUAUAAAUAUAUAAUUUCUCCCUAAUAUCAAGAUAUCUUCAAGUUUGACUCUAUUAACCACAAAUAUGUUGUAAUCCCAAAUGGUCACAAUCCAGUGUUGUGAUCACAAGGUGGUAUCAUUGUUUUAGGUUGCUAUGAAAGCUUAUAUUUCCACAAUUUCUUUGAAAGAAGAAUGGAUUUAAAGUGUUUUGACUCUAACUUGUUUAGAAAGAUUAAUGCUAAAAAGAGAUAUUUGAGCUACUGUAUAAUUUAUUACCUCUAAUUGCUUUAUGUCAUUGUAUGAAACAUUACAUUUUUUUAUAUUUCCUUUAAACAAUUUAAGAAGCAUCUUUAUUUUCUAUGAUAUUCAGAUCUUUUCUCAGAAAUUAAUCUUUGUACUCUUCAGAUGAAUAUAUAGACACUGUGGUAUACUCCUGUAUUUUUUUUUUCCACUAAAAACUUGCAGUUUCGGGAGCCAGAAAGAUAGUACAAGGGGAAAGGGCACUUACCUUGCACACAGCUGACUGGGUUGAUCUCCAGCACCCUCACUGGUCCCCCAAGCCUCACCAGGAGUGAUAUCCGAGUAUAGAGCCAGGAAUAAGCCCUGAGCACUAUCAGAAGUGCCCCGAAAACCAAGGUGGGGGGGACUUACUGUUUCACCCAAAUAACACUAGUCCGUUACUUUAAGGGAGGGGAAUGUUUUUGUCAAUUGUACCUUAGAGAAAGUUAAGCUUUUCUAAAUUUGACAGUACUCCAUAAUGAGUACAGUUCAUUAAUGGAAACUUUGUAGACUUAUUUGGAAUGGGGAGUAUGAUGACUAUUUUAAGUACAUAAACAUCUGUGUGCCAAAUGUAUAUAAAAAAAAAUGGCGUGCCACUAACAAAUUUUACUUUAAAGUGUUUAAGAAGAUAUGAUUGAGACAUAAGGCACAAUAGAUCAUGAUUCUGAGGCAUAGGAAGAGUUUUCCUGAUCUAUCAUUGUUUCCACAGUGUUUUUCAUCUGAGGAGCUCAAAGUGCUUUCAGAUUGAAUAAUUAUGUAGUAGCUCCUUGAGGUAAGUAAAUGUUACUCUGAUGUUACAGGCUAGCUAAUAAACUAAGGCACCAAAACAUUUGAAGUGCCUUGAAUUAGAUUACAGAGAAAAUCAAAAGAACUUAGAUUGAAAGCAAACUGUUUUAUAUGCUCUCGUUCAAUGACUAAUAAUUUACAUGUAACCUCUUGGUAGUUUGCAAGCAGUAAUGACAAGUUAUAAUUGAUAAUUUGGAGAAAUAACUGUGAAACCAGUAUUUCAUUCUCUGCAUUCUUGGUUUCUCACAUACAGAGAAGGAGACUUAGAGGGCAUCAGUAGCCAUCUCUGCCACAUUAAAUCCUCACUUCUGAGUGGCUUCCACUGGGUUCCACUUAAGGUGCUGUCUUUGCUUAUCUUGCAAGGAUUCUCUUAGCUUCCCAGUCACCAUUGUCAAACUGGGAGAGAAGUUGGUUAGUGACACUUCACCUGCUCCUUUCUUUGUAAGAUGGUAGGAUCUGUGACUUACAGAUUUUACUCAGCACCAUCAAUGUCCUCUUGGCCUUUGGCCUUUUAUUAAAUUUGCACAACAUAAAGCACUUCUUUUUAGUGUUUAGAAAAAUAUCCCAAGACUUCGUGACCAAAAUGAGUAACUCACUAAGAAACCCUUGCUAUAAGAGGCUUUUGAUGAGAUUCUUAGCAAAGCUGAAGUAAUCACUUUCAAAUUUAGACUCCUGUGAACUCAGGUCAUUUGCACACCCUGUUUAUUUCAUUGGUUUAAUUUAGUUCUCAGGCAAGCUAAAUUCAUGUCUCAUAUGACUGUGUCAUUAAAGGUACUUGAGCAAAUGUUGCUGUAUGUGGUAUGACGUUCAAAUUGACUAAGCUUUAGGGGACACAAUCCUUAGUUACCAGAAUGCAAAGAACCCUUUGUACCCAUGCAGAGAGAAAAUCUAUCAGACCCUUUCAUUUGAUUGAGUUUAAAAGUAUAUUAUCAUAGCUGUUGGCGUAUAUCUGCUUCCUAUUUUUCACAUUGAGAAAACAAAGUCAAAUUUAACCAUGUGAACUUACUUGAAUUCUUGAAAAGAAUAACAUUCAAAAUCCCCUUUUCUAAAUCAGAUGUUAGAUUAUUGAACAUGUGUUUUUUGUUUUCAGUUAUUUCAUCAAUAGAGAUGGUGAUUUUGAUUUUACAGUACUCUUAUUUCCAUGUCUCUGCAUGUUAUCAUGGAAUGUACUUGUAUAUACUCAAGUGAUAUACAGAGUAUGUGUAAUUCUGGCUUGAUUUAGAAGCUAAGUCAGUUACUGAGUAACAUUUUGCAACUUUAUUCCAGCAAGUACUAAAUUAGCCAAAAAGUUGUUUUUGAUACCAUUAAAAUUUUAUUCUCUA